AUGUACAGCAAGGAAAAUGGAUUAUCGUGCUGGUGCACCCAAAACUACGUCGGCGAACACUGCCUCCAUCAAAAUUCUGUGAAAAGAUUAGAAAAUGUGUUCGCUGGUUCCAACAACGGUGGAUACGGUCCCAGAAUAUUGCCAUCAGCAUGUCCACUGGAAUGUUGUGCAAACGACAAAACUUCACCGCCGCUGGGAAAACUGUACAACAAAGUCCUCAAACGGAAACCCGGUCAGUUAAUACCGGAUCGGAAGAACAGAAAUUUACUGUUGGACGCGUUCUAUCAAUAUUUCGUUUUGCAAUUUUUCGACGCAAAUUCGAACUUGACGGUAACGGCUUCCCAAUUGUACGGCAGUGAUGAUAUGUCGGAGAGAUCGAUGAGAUCGUUCUCCGGUGGUAAGCUCAAGACAAGCGCAAUUAAUUACAAGCCAUUUGCGACGAACCAUGCGCUCGCACCAUACUCAGACGUAUAUUUAACGGCGUUGACAAAAGAUAUUUCGAUCGACAGGUCGUGGCCCAGCAGAAUGAACGCCCGUCUAUCCGAACGGGCCGAGAUGUUGAGCACGGGCACAAUGUUUUACGUAAUGUCGCUCCUCUGGGCACGUGAACACAACUGGAUGUGUGCUGAGCUGUCACAGAAGUGGCCGACGUGGACAGACGAAGAGCUGUAUAUCAAGGCCAGGAAGAUUGUAACCCGUCAAAUGAUGAACAUAAUGAUGACCGAAAUCCAAAAUGUGGAACUCAGACAGGAAGGGUACCACCAUCGAAUGGAAUACAUCCGUGGUUCCGGCAAUCCUUUUGAACUGCACUUGACGAUGGCUGUAUCAAAUGUGCCAGAAAAAUUGCAAUGCAGUUCAACGAAUUUGACGUCCUACAGUAACGCCAGUCAAGUUUCGGAAGCUGCUUUAAAUGACUCCAUUCAAGUAAUGAUGAGUUCAAAGAUAAACGUGGUCACGGUCAACGAUGACAGCACCUUGACGGAACAGCUUACCAUGACACUCUCGAGAGAACAAUGUUUACAGCGUUUCAAUAACUAUAGAAGACGGAUAGGGCUGCCUGCUUACAAAAACUUUUUCGAUAUUACCGUUAACGUCGAAGCCCCAACGGAAUUCGAAAAAUUGUAUAGUACCAUGGAGAAAGUGGAGUUGUUAACCGUCGUGUUGACGGAAAAAUCCAUUUCUGGAGUUCUACCAACAGAAGGAACAUGUGUUAGAGAAUUCACUAUCUUCUUGAUGUUAAGUGUGGUGGUAGUUCAUCUGGAAUGCAGUAAAAUAGUCCAUCAAAAUUCUGUGAAAAGAUUAGAAAACGUGUUCGCUGGUUCCAACAACGGUGGAUACGGUCCUAGAAUAUUGCCUCCAGCUUGUCCACUGGAACGUUGUGCGAACGACAGUUUUCGAAUGUAA